AUGCAAGUCGCGAAACCCUACGUCAUAUACCCAGCUUUUGCAUUUUUGGCUUAUCCAAAUAGAGAUUCCACUCCGUUCAAAGAAUUUUAUAACAUCCCAGAGGCUCAGACAGUUUUGCGCGGGACCCUACGCUAUCAGGGAUUUACCGAUUUUGUCAAAGUUUUGGUUAAUAUCGGCCUGCUCAAUGAUUCCGAGCAGGAAUACUUAAGACCAGAUGCACCAGAUAUAACAUGGAGGGACGUGCUAGCGAAAACCCUCGGCGUGACCGAUAGCUCCGAAGUUAACCUUCGAGCUCAAAUUUCUUCAAAGACAUCGGGAAUACCUGAAGAGGAGGUGGAAAGAAUUCUCAAAGGCUUCAAAUGGAUCGGCCUCUUUUCUGAUAACAAAGUGUAUCUCCGAGGAACGCUACUUAAUACACUUUGUGCGACACUAGAGGAGAAGAUGAAAUACGCUGAAGGUGAAAGGGACAUGGUUAUCCUUCAGCACAAAUUUGAAAUUGAAACUAGAGAUGGAAAAAGGGAAAUUUGGACCUCAACUUUAUUGGAAUAUGGAAAACCCUCAGGACCGUCGGCAAUGGCCACCACAGUCGGUACGCCUUGCGGUAUUGCCGCUCAAUUGGUCUUAGAUGGAGUUAUCAAACAGAAAGGGGUUUUGGCUCCGUACACACUGGAAAUCAUUAACCCCAUAAUUGAGAUCUUGGAAAAAGAAGGCAUCAAAAUUAUCGAAGAAAGAUUUGAAUCCUAA